AGGAACAGUGAAACUUUUUAAGUAGAUUGCCGCUAUCAAUGAAAGGGUUUACAUCCAUUGUUUUCUUUUCGGUGAACUUCGAGUGCGUAGUGAAAUAUAUUUUAUCAGAUAACCAAACAGGAGUUUGCACAACAAAUCAACUUGGAGAACUACUUGGAUGUUGUGCAAAUUACAGAAAAGUUGGCACAAAAUGUGAAGAAUGCUGGCCAGGAACAUACGGAAUAAAUUGCAAAUAUAAUUGUCCGUUCGGUUACUAUGGAAGAUUUUGCCGCCAAAAAUGUCAGUGUUCAACAUGUAACCAUGUUUCUGGAUGUGCAAUUUUACAUUCUGCCGUAACGGAAUCAGACAUUGAAGAGGAUGUUAUUUUUGACUGGCGCACAGUAGUCAUAUCAGUUUCUGGGUGUUGUGGUGUUAGCAUAAUUGUUGCUUUAGUUUUCUAUUGUAAAUUAAGAAAAGGCCCGUCUAAUCUCCUGAUUCCCGUGCAUUCCGUGCAUACAGAGGCCAUUAUUCGCCCACAGCUCAACCAUUGCAAACCCAACAAAGAAAACAAAUGCUUCACUGAAAAUGACUAUAAGUGUGAAAUGGAAUUCGAACCUUAUGACAUCUUAAAUUUAAAAGUUCAAAGAGAUACAUGUAUUGAUGAAGAACUUUGUCCUUCUUACGAUUCGUCCGUCUUUAAUCAAUGUGAAAAAAUUGAAUAUGAAACAAAACCAAUGGGGAGACAUGAAAAACCCACAAAAGAACAUACAAAUAAACAGACAAAUAAAACACAAAAAAGGAAGAUAUGAAGAGAAAAGUCUAAAUUUCCGAUCAGGAAGACGAAAUGCAUUGUCUAGUGGAACGAGAGACUUGAAGCCAGCAAAUAAUGACAAAAGACAAAAAAGGAAACAAAUUGAUGAAACAAUAAAGAUUUUGAAUGACUUUAAACCAAAAACUCAGGAUAACAGGAAUAUUGACAUAGAAACUAAAGAUACUUCACUACACCCUAAAACACAAAAUAAAUCAUUGUUAAUGUAUAGCUUUGCUUCUUCGACAGAGAUUGUUUGACUUAAAACAAUGAUUAUAUAAAAAAACCGUACUGAUAUGUUGGUUGGAUUUAUGUUUUAUUUAAUGGCACUGAUUUUAUUAAACGCUUAUGGUAUUCUUCCAGCAUUCACGUUAGUAUUUGAAGCUUUUGUUCAUACCUUAACGUUGUCAAAACUCUUUCAAAUAUGUAUUUUGUUGAUAUGGAAGCUUGAUGAAUGUCAGAAAUAUAAAUGAGUUAUUUUUUUUUUAUAAUUUGUAUAUGUAAAUAAUGAAUAUACAUGUUGUUCAUGCAAUUCUUUACUUUGUAUACUUAUUAAUAAUACGACGGUCAUUCAAAAAUACCCAGACAAUGUUACUUAU